GGCGUUCCUUUGAAAUGUGUUGUGAAGGAGGGGGGUUGUUCUUACGCAUGCGCUCAUUUCAAAAACUCAGUAACAGUCUUUGGAUUCUCAGUCGACGAAAAAAUCCUCUCUAUCACCUUCAAGUUAAGUGCGAAAUGUUCCUUUACCCGGGGUUAAAUGCGGAGUUUAGAAUGAUGAUAAAUGCAAUGUGAAAAGCCCUGGGAAAAAAAUGACUAAAAUACAAUUCAACCACAAUUUACUUCCAGUAUCUACUGAAAAUAAGGCUUUUUCCCCUCAAAUGUUUAGGGGGCUCUCGCCUUUAUUGUGGACAGUGGAGAGAGAGAGAGAGAGAGGGGGGCAAAACAGAAUUGGACAUAAUGCAGGCUGGAUUCAAACCUAUGAGCACAACAGAUCUAUUUAUAACAUGACCCAUUCCAAAAACUUUAUCUGGUUUAACUUGCCCCUACCAACAUAAAAGAGAUGCCAGAGAUCAGAUGUAGAUAAUAGGUGGGUUGAACCAGGUUACUUUGGUUGUACAUAAUCAAUGAGGAUUUCAAGUUUUUGAUUGGGUUUCUUCAACCAGGUAAAUGUUUUUCAAUUUGAAUCAUAAUUUAGUUACGUAACUGGAAUGGAUGUACUAAACCAGGUGAAGUUCUGCUUAAACUAGUCUACUAUCUUAAACUAUGUUUAGGUUUUUGUAAUUGCUGUUUUAAAUCAGGUUAUCAGUCUCUUGAACCAGAUUAUUAUUAUUAUUUUUUUUUUUUAAUGGAUGGGUUAAACCAGAGCUGUGUCUGUAUUCCCAUACUUUUAGAGUAUACUGUAUUCAACAGGUUGACCUUGUUGGCAAAAAUCACCCAUCAGUUCCAUUGGCAACCUGUAGUCAGCUCAGCCUGGCCUGGAGAGAAGACUCUAUCCCUAAAGCCAUGGAGACAAGAGGAGAGAGAAGAACUGGUGUGAGAGAAAAAGAAAGCGAUGACGAGAAAGAAAGUGACAAAAAUAUCCCGGAAAGUUGCUCUAUAAUUGGUGCAGCCUGUCAGAGCCCUAUUUUAUGUGCGUGAACAGGGCAGGGCAGGGCAGCCAUCCCGUCCCCACUGAAACCCAACACUUAGAGGAGCAGUUCCUCGGCCCUCCCACCUCCCAGCAGAGGAGAGCAGACUCCACAACACUGUGCUCCUCACUGCAGGAUUACUGUGUGUGUGUGUGUUAUCACACCUGUGUAUGACCUUACCUGGAGCUUUAUUUCUAGGAGGAUGCUGCUUUGACACUUCAGGUGUGAGGUGUAUUUUUGGAGGAGAAGAAGAUCUUCUUGUUCCUACAGAUUGACAGCACAGGAGCAGCAACUUGAUGAUCAUCACACCUUAGUAGGAAUAUCAACGAACAAUAGUGGAGAAGGAGAUGGAGUUUCGAUUCGGCCUCAGGAUCUCUCUGGUCCUGGCCAUACUGGCUCUGACUCUGUAUGGAGGUGGUGUUGAAGGACAAAGGGCAGGUUGCAAGAAUGUCCACUAUGAUUUGGUAUUCAUCUUGGACACCUCUUCCAGUGUGGGCAAGGAAAACUUUGAGAAGAUCCGGCAGUGGGUGGCAAACCUGGUGGAAUCUUUUGACGUAGGUGCGGAGAAGACACGUGUAGCCGUGGUUCGCUACAGUGACCGUCCCACCGCCGAAUUCAACCUGGGCAGGUACAAAACUCUCGAGGAGGUCAAGCGUGCCGCUGGGAACAUCCGCUACCUGGGUGGGAACACCAAGACUGGAGACGCCAUCAGCUUCACCACCAACAACAUCUUCACGGAGAGGACAGGGGCAAGGCCUGCCGCCAAGGGUAUUCAGAAAGUUGCUAUCUUGCUAACGGAUGGCAGGAGUCAGGAUUUUGUUUUGGAGCCAUCGCUUGCUGCAGCGGCUGCUGGAAUCAGAUUAUUCGCUGUUGGGAUUGGGGAAGCUCUUAGGGAGGAACUGGAGGAGAUCGCCGCCGAGCCCAAAAGUGCUCAUGUGUUCCACGUGACGGACUUUGAUGCCAUUGACAAGAUCAGGGGCAGGUUGAGGAGGAGACUCUGCGAGAAUGUUCUGUGUCCCAACAUGAAGGUCCAGGCAGGCCGUUUCAGACCAAACAGCACCAGUGCUGGACUGACGGAGGUUCCAGGUUUUGAUUUGAUGGAAUACUUCAAUGUAAGAGAUUUUCUUGGAGAAAAAUUUGAGCCAGGUCAGACACCGUAUGUCCGGCUCGGUACCAUGCCCAUCGUCCAACAAACAGAAGAUGUCUUGCCUCAGGGUUUGCCUGAUGAAUAUGCCUUUGUGACCACAUUUAAGUUCAGGAAGACCUCCCGUAAGGAAGACUGGUACCUGUGGCAGGUCUAUGACAAAUACGGCAUCCCACAGGUGUCCAUUCGUCUGGAUGGAGAGAACAAGGCAGUGGAGUACAACGCUGUGGGCCUGACGAAGGACGCGGUCCGGGCGGUCUUUAAGAACCCAGAGGUGGACAACCUGUUUGACCGUAACUGGCAUAAGAUUGGCAUGAGGGUGGACUCCAAGUCUGUGUCCCUGUUCCUGGACUGCAAGCACAUUGAGACGCUGCCCAUAGAGGACAGAGAAGACAUUGACAUCCAGGGAAAGACUGUCAUUGGCAAGAGACUCUAUGACAGUGUUCCCAUUGAUUUUGACCUCCAGAGGAUGGUGAUCUACUGUGAUGGGAAACAGUCUGAGCAGGAGACGUGUUGCGAUAUUCCUGGUGGCCCAUGUGAACAAUCUUUGGCGACCGAGGCCCCCCCAGUCCCGCUGCCCACCCCAAAACCAACAAGUGCUGAGCAGAAGAAACCUGCUGCGGUCAACUGCUCCUGUCCUGCAGGGGAAAGGGGUGAGACAGGUCUUCCGGGUGCCACAGGGCCCAAGGGUGAAAAGGGGGAUCCUGGUCUAAAAGGGGCAGAAGGACCGCCAGGGCUCAAAGGGCAGAAAGGAGAACGUGGGGACAGCGGCGAGAGCGGUGAACCUGGAGCUAGAGGUGACAAAGGAGAAAGAGGAUCAGAUGGUUUACCAGGUCUGGCUGGGAAACAAGGCGAUAAGGGAGAAAGAGGUGAACGAGGAGUUGCAGGUGAAGCUGGGUUACCUGGACCUUUUGGACCAAAGGGUAUCCAAGGUGAAUCUGGUCCGCCUGGAGCACCGGGUCCUAAAGGGGUGUCUGGUGGCGCCGGAAAUAAAGGAGACAAAGGAUCCCCCGGAAAUAGGGGUGAACCAGGUUUAGAUGGGUUUCCAGGGAAACCAGGUCUUCCAGGAAAAGAUGGUCUUAGGGGGCUGAUUGGCUCUCCUGGUCCAAAUGGAGUCAAAGGAGAAAAGGGUGAACAAGGUCCUGCUGGAAUACCUGGCGAUGCGGUUCAGUUGGCAGGACUCAAGGGGGAGACUGGCUUCCCAGGAGAACGUGGACCCCCAGGAGCAGACGGCCCCCCUGGACCUCCUGGCCCACCUGGACCUCAAGGCCCACCCGGCGAGCCUGGUGAGAACGGACAAAGGGGUAAAAAAGGGGACGCAGGAUUGCCGGGAGUUGACGGUCUUCCAGGACCACCUGGUCCUCAGGGGCCUCUUGGACCUGCUGGCAGCCCUGGACAGACGGGACCCCCAGGAUUACCUGGUGAAAUCGGCUUCCCAGGAAAACUAGGAGAACCAGGAAAACCAGGCCUGCCAGGAAAAGAUGGAUUGGAUGGUUUCCCUGGAAACGACGGCGAGAAGGGGCAACGAGGAGAACCCGGACAGGACGGUUUCCCUGGUAAACCAGGGGCGAAGGGAGAUGAGGGCCCUCCAGGCCCCCGAGGACCUGCUGGUGAACGGGGAGAGUCUGGUUCAGCUGGGCAGGCCGGCCCAAUGGGACCCAAAGGAGAGAGAGGAGGCCAAGGGGAGAGAGGAAAAGAUGGACCUACUGGCUCGAAAGGAGAGAAAGGAGACAAGGGUGAGGUGGGCCCCAGGGGUCCGGCCGGGGUCCCAGGCAAUGUGGCAAAUGUGAUUCCUGAACCUGGUGAACCGGGCAAGCCGGGAGAGAAGGGAGAGAAAGGAGAUCAAGGAAAUCCAGGCGAGACGGGUCAAAGAGGACUUCCUGGAGAGCAGGGGUUCAGAGGGCAUCCAGGACCUGCGGGCCCUAAGGGUGAUGCGGGUGAUAAAGGAGAAGCAGGGAGACCCGGAGAUCCAGGUCCGCCCGGAUUGAUGGGCUCUCAAGGGCCCCGAGGGCUGCCAGGCAAUGUGGGUAUUCCAGGCAGUAUCGGCCCACCUGGUAUCGCUGGACAGAGAGGAGAGAAGGGUGAUGCAGGUAAAGAUGGUCCUGCUGGACCCCCUGGUCCAACCGGUGAGCCUGGUUUAAGAGGAGAAAUCGGUUUGCCAGGAAAAGGCAAAGAGGGAGCAAAGGGUGAUACAGGACCUCCGGGCUCAGCCGGACCUCCCGGACUGAAGGGUUUGCCUGGCCCACAGGGAAUGCAGGGAAUGCCAGGAAACAGAGGACCACCAGGAGAAGGAACCACUGGACCCCAGGGGCCUUCAGGACCUCCGGGACCACCAGGAGCUGCGGGUUUGAGAGGACCUCCAGGAGUGAGCGGACCACAGGGUCCCGCUGGACAUAAUGGUUUACCAGGAAGACCUGGAGAGAAGGGCUCACCUGGAGAACCAGGAAAAGCUGCAGACCUUUCUGAUCUGAAGGACAUUUGUUCAGAUUGUCCCCCUGGACCGCCUGGACAACCAGGUACUCCAGGAGCUCCAGGUGACAAAGGUCAUUCUGGACCACCUGGGAAAAACGGACAGGAUGGAUAUGCGGGUCCUCCUGGACCAACAGGACCCGCAGGACCACCUGGUGCUGAUGGAACCAAGGGGGUCAAAGGUGACAGAGGUCCUCCAGGAACACCUGGAGAUAAGGGUGAAAAGGGCGUCCCAGGACCUCCUGGUUAUCCUGGGGCUGCUGGAGCCAUGGGUCAACCUGGUAAUGAUGGAAACCCUGGAUCUAUUGGAGCACCUGGACCUCCUGGAGAAAAGGGUAAAGAAGGACUGAAUGGCAUUCAGGGACCUCCAGGCCUGCCAGGUCUAAUGGGCAUGAUGGGUAAACCUGGAAAGGAUGGAAGACCAGGAGAAACAGGAGAGCCAGGUAAACAGGGAGAGCCAGGAACACCAGGAAGAGAUGGACUCAGAGGAAUGCCUGGUUUCAAAGGUCACAGGGGGGAACCAGGACCACCAGGGUCAAAGGGUGAAGAUGGGAAGCAGGGUGUUCCUGGACGUGAGGGUCCACCUGGGAAAGAUGGUAACAACGGACCACCAGGGCCAGAGGGCAUGAGAGGACCACGAGGAGAACUCGGUCAACCUGGAGAACCAGGACCAGCAGGCAAGCCCGGAUCUCAGGGAAAUCCUGGUCAGCCAGGACACAAGGGUGACGCAGGUAGCCCAGGAUUACCCGGAUUCCCAGGUCCAAAAGGGCCAUCGGGUCCGUCUGGUCCAAUUGGCCCAGAGGGAAAACAAGGCAUGUUAGGAAAACCAGGAGACAGAGGACAGAAGGGAGAAAAGGGUGAUAAUGGAAUAAAAGGAGACAAAGGACCCGUUGGAGAUCCGGGUGUUCCGGGUAACCCUGGGCCUCCCGGUAGGAAGGGUCACACAGGUAUGAUGGGCAUGUCGGGACCCCCAGGGGAAGUGGGUCCCGCUGGGCCCCCUGGUUCUCCAGGACACCCGGGACUCCCAGGUCUCAGAGGCGAGACGCCAUCACUGGAACAAAUGCGGCGGCUCAUUCAAGAGGAACUUUCCAAACAACUGGAUGUUAAACUAGCUUACCUCAUGGCUCAAAUGCAACCCGCUCAUAUCAAGAGCACGGCUGGCCGUCCUGGUCCACCUGGUCCCCCAGGUAAAGAUGGACCUCCUGGCAGACAAGGUCCAGCUGGAGAACCUGGAAUGCCUGGACAAAAUGGAGCAGAAGGAUCCAGAGGUCCAGUUGGUCCUAAAGGUGAACGAGGUUCAAAAGGUGACAAGGGAGAAGAUGGUGUUGGACAGAGAGGAGAGCCUGGUCCAGUUGGUCCCAUUGGUCCUGCAGGUAUGCCAGGAUAUGGAAAAGACGGUCUUCCUGGAGCUGCAGGUGCUCAGGGAGAGCCUGGUAAUCCCGGUCCUCACGGUCAGCCCGGACCUCCUGGACCACCAGGACAGUGCGACCCCUCACAAUGUGCCUACUAUGCCAGUCUGGCAUCAAGACCUCACACUAAAAACGUCAAGGGGACUUAAUACACCCCUCACUGUCCUGGGCUAACACCUAUUUAUGAACUUGGACAUUCAGUAAGCCAAGAAAAUGUUCUUUACCAUCAGGUGAACUCCAGAGUCUGAAGGGUGUGUAAAUAUAUGUGUGUGUAAAUGUGUGUUUGUAAUAGGCAUUAAUGCCUUUUUUAACCCCGAGUAAAGACCAUUUUUAGUCCUGGGUUAAGUAGCAUUUCACACUUAUAGUUUUAAAAAAGUGUUAGCGUUUAGCAUGAGCACUUUCAACUGUGUGUAGUGAAAUCCAGCUCAAGAGCAGGGUUAAUCAUGGAAAAUGUAUGGAGCUUUCUAUAGUGAAUAUUUUCUAGUCGUGCCUAGAUAUUUUGAUUCUUUUAGAAGUUGUGUUCUUUCAAUGAAUCAGUUGAACUGGUUCACAAAUCGGUCAGAAUUGAUUCAUUAGUGGGUUAUAAUCACAAACAGCUCGAAAGAUCAUAGAAAAUCAUUAAAGUUUUUUGCUAUAAAUUCUUGUAAAGACCUCAUUAAAUAUUAAUGCUAACGCUUCUGUGAUUGCACAGUGUCUGAGAGAAGCAGUUAAACAUAUUUUGGUAAACAUGUUUAAUAAAACCCAUCUUGUGUUCUGUACUUGUCCACUCAAUGAAUAGAUUCUUAUUUGCAUAUCAAUAAUAAAUUCAGAUGUAGAGUGUGAAAUCUCUACAAACUGACAACUCAGGAUCAAAUGCUAAACUAGUAUAGUGUGAAACACAUUAACCCAGGGUUAAAAAUGGCCCUUGCUCAAUAAUUUUAAGUGUGAAGAGCCCACAAGUGUCCUGCCGGUCAGAGUUGGUUAUGACUUCUUUUUUUUUUUUUAGGGGAGGGUGGGUGAGUAAGUUUUAGCUCAAGGUCAUUUACUUCAUUUACUUCAAGGCUUUUCAUGUAACAGGACGUGAAUUCCUGCCACGAAAGAAAGAUGUUUACAGUACUUACCAGACCGUGAUGUCAUAGUGACACAAUCUGUCUCCAGAUGUUGUCCCGCCCACACUCAAGUUCUGCUGACGCCGUUUACUGAGGUCAUCGAUCGGUAAUCAAGAGUUGAUGCAUUGUUAGUGAUGUCUGUACCAGGGCAGGAUUGGCUUAUCAAGUCUGGGGAAUUCUCUGCUUGAGUUUUAUUGAUGGAGCGCUCUGUUCCUCUGGGAAAAGACGCCAUGCUUUUGCACUCAUCAAUAGGAAAUCUCAUUAAGGAUCAUUAGAGGUCUUGGAGGUGCUGGAGAAGUGCAUUUCUGCUCUUUUUUUUAGUCUAUGUUGUAUCUCUUUUGUAGCCAUGCAUCAGGCCUUUUUUCAUAUUGGAUCAUUAAACUUGCAUUCGUGAUGACUGAAAGGCAGCUGCUCAAUUCAGUGCCUGUUUAAUAGUUUAACACAGCUGGUUUGUCAUGAAAACAAUUACCAAAAAAGUCUGUCACUGCAGAAAUAAACACCACUCUUAUAAUGUCAUUUAUAAUAGGUUCGUGUAGCACUUUCCUUUAAAACGGCAUUGCCUUUUUGUCAUUAUGAAGGUUCAGGAACACAAAGUCCUAGUUAAAGGUCCAGCGUGAGUGCGCGCUACCAUCGUUUGUGCCACUAAAGAAUUUAGAUGGAUCAAUCCUGCAGAUUGCUCCCUUGUGAGCCAAUUAAAUGCGUUGAAAGAGGCGAGAGUGUCAAAACAAACUCGCUUCAGCCCACAAACAGGUGAUGAGCAUUGUAGCAGAGGUCAAGAAGAGUUAUCAAACGGCGUUCAGGAAAUUAUGAGUUAGCUUGAAUGGAAUUAUGAAAUCCAAUUUUUUUUUGUGUGUAUUCACAUAUAAAUAUUGCUUAAAUAUAUUAUUUUUUUUUAAAUAAUUAUUUUAUCUUCCAUUUUUGAAUCGGAUUAUCUAAGGUUGAAAAACUACAAAGAAGAGAUAAUUAAAUUUUCUUAGUUUUUUAAACGUUUUUUUUUUUUUUUUUUUUUCCAAAUGCUAAUACUUCAAGAUAUGUUGUUUUUAUUUUGAUAUAUAUAUUUUUUUUUUUUAAAUAGUCACUAUGCUUUCCUGACACGUAUAACUGAAAUAGGUGUCUCUGUGACACAGGGAGUGGUCUGUUCUUUCCCAGCCAAUCAGAAAGUCUCUCUGCCUGUCAGUCAUUUUGCAUUUUCACAUUGGCUUUCUGUGGAGGGCGGGGUUUUAGUGUGAGGUCAUGUGUUGAAUUUAGCAAAAUGGCUGAAAUAACGUACAGUAUCAUUAGUGAAUCUGUUAAGAAUGAAUUGAAUUUGUUGAUUAAUUAUAUUUGAAAACAAAACCACCCAUGAUACCAAUAUAGGCUUUCUUGUACCUCCUUGUUUUUUCACCUCCAUUCAAUGCUCAAGAUAAAUCUCUUUGUAAUUAGUAUUGUAUACACAAACUUGAUAAGAACAAAAUUUCUUAUGAUUGUUUCUUUUUUUCUGCAUUUCUUAAUUGUUUGUCCUUGUUUGCCCAGCCUUCAAGAGUGGAUGUUUUGGUGCUGUAUUUUGAAAAGCUGAUGCAAAUUUAUGUAAAUUCAUGGUGCUUUUUCAUUGCAAGCCAAAGAAAUCCCAAUCAGCAUUGCUAUCAUGUUCUCCUCCACUUUAUUCAAAUAUAGCUGCUUUUUUGACUUCAUAUCCUCCUGUUAGUUUGUCUUCUUCAAGCUGUUAAUGACUGUAUUUGUUUUUUUCAUAUCAAUUUGCAUUAAAUUAUUCUAAUGAACUACAGGUGCAGGUGAUGUAAAAUAGUAUAAUUUAUGCAUGGUAUAAUCUACCUGUUUAUACUGGUUCUCUGGUGCUAUAAUGAAUCAUAAUUAGUUUGAUGUAUGUGUAUGUGUGGAGGGAGAGCAUAUGUGUUAAUAAAGAGUGGAACAGGUCCAUUUUA